AGGCAGGAACAUUCUGGACAUCCAGGCUAGAGACUGUUGUCCCCCUAAGAGCAGGGGGGCGGUGACCAAAGCUGAUAAAAAGAAGUGGGAGAUAGAAGUGGGCACUGCCUUCCUGACGACAGAGAUGGGAGGCCAGAUGCCCCGCAGGCAGUAAGACGAGAGGCCGAGGACUCCGCAUACCAUGACCUCACGCAAGACGCGGAGUCCAACAGACACAGGUCACCGACCAGAAAUGAAAGCCCGAGGCUUCCGCUACUGGACGUCCAAGCGCGACGGCGAGGUGGCCCUGCGGCAGGAGGACGCCUUCACCAGCCAGCCGCCCGUCACCGUGCACGACAUGGUCAUGAACACGGCCAUCAAGUACGCCAACUGCAUCGCGCUGGGCUCCAAGCACAGGAACGGCUGGCACCUGCUCACCUACGUCGAGUACUACGAGGAGUGCCGGCGCGCGGCCAAGGCCUUCCUCAAGCUGGGCCUGGAGCGCUUCCACAGCGUGGGGAUCAUGGGGCUAAACUCACAGGAGUGGGUCAUCGCCAGCAUCGGUGCCAUCAUGGCAGGAGGCUUCUCUGUUGGCAUCUUGUCCACCAACUCCCCAAAGGCCUGCCAGGUCAUCGCUGAAAGCUCGGAGAUAGACAUCUUUGUGGUGGAUAAUGACAGACAGCUGCAGAAAGUCAUCCAGAUCCAGGGCUACUUGAAACACCUCAAGGCCAUCGUCCAGUACAAGGAGGAGAUCCGGACCCGGCUGCAGAACCUGUACUCCUGGAGAGGGUUCCUGGACCUGGCGGAUGGCAUCUCGGAAGACACGCUGGACCGAGUCAUCGACUCCCAGAAGCCCAACCAGUGCUGCACCCUGGUCUACAGCCUGUCAGUCACGGGCCCCCCGAAGGCCAUGAUGCUCAGCCACGACAAUAUCACCUGGACCACGGUGGCCACCGCCCAGAGCCUGUCUUACAAGUGCCCCCCGGAGGAGCAGGAGGUCCUGGUGAGCUACCUCCCUCUCAGCUACAUGUCGGCCCAGCUCUUCGACAUGUGGAUCUCCAUCUUCGUCGCCGGAGCCCUCUACUUCGCCCAGCCCGACGCUCUGAGGGGCUCCCUGGUCGACACGCUGCAGGAGGUGAAGCCCACCACGUUCCACGGCGUCCCCUGGGUCUGGGACAGAUUGCUUGACAGCCUCAAGACCAACCAGCUCGCCUCGAGCCCAUUCCGGAGGAGGAUAGACAAGUGGGCCAUGUGGCUGGGCCUCAGGACAAACAAAAGGCGGAUAUUGGGGCAGCUCCAUCCGCCGCUGUGCUUCAGCCUGGCCAAGAAGCUGACCUUCAACCAAGCCAGGAAGUCCCUGGGCCUGCAUCACUGCCGGCAGUUCUUCAACUUGGGCCUGGGGCUCCCCAGAGCGACCAUGGAUUACUUCCUCAGCCUCAACAUGCCCAUCUUCGAGCUGUAUGGCUUGUCCGAGAGCACGGGCAUCCACACGCUCUCCAGGCAGCAGGACUUCCGGCUGCUGAGCUGCGGGAAGUCCCUCCCUAGCACCCACACCAAGAUGCAGAGAGAAGACGAGGAGGGCAUUGGGGACAUCCACAUCUGGGGCCGGAACGUCUUCAUGGGGUAUCUCAACGACGAGGAGAACACCCAGGAGAAGAUUGAUGUCCACGGCUGGCUGCACACGGGGGACCUGGGGUUUUUGGACACCGACGAAUUCCUCUACAUCAUGGGCAACGCCAGAGACAUCAUCACCCUCAGUUCGGGGGAGAGGAUCAACCCGAACCCCAUCGAGGCGCGGGUGAAGAGGCACAUUCCCAUCGUGCGCUACGUGGUGGUGGUGGGUCAGGACGCGCCCUACCUGUGCGCCCUGCUCACGCUGAAGUGCCAAGUCAACAUGGACACGGGGGAGCCCCGGAACGCGCUGACCAGUGAGGCGGUGGCUUUCUGCCGGCACCUCAGGAGCCAGGCCACCAGGCUGUCGGACAUCGUUUACGACGGAGACCCAGUGGUGCUGGAGUUCAUCAGUCAGGGGAUCGACGCCGCCAACGCGGAGGUCAGCUCAGACAGCGCCAAGAUCGUCAAGUGGACCAUCCUCGAGACGGACUUCUCUGUGGCUGGAGGGGAGCUGGGGGCCACCACCAAACUGAAGAGGGCCAUGGUGGCCAAGAUCUACCAAACUGAAAUUGAGAGAUUUUACAAGGAGGACGAGGAGUCCUAGCAGCCAGGAGAGGCCCCGGGGUUCCUGCUUGGUCACGGGGCUUUGAUCCCCCUCCCUCCAUCCCCCUAUCUGGGAUGAUUGGGGAUGAUCGGGAUGAUCGGAGGAUGGAGGAGCUGAUUGUAGAGGGAGGGAAGCUGCUCUGAGUGCCAAGUGCCCAUCGGGUGGUUUUAACUAAAAUGCCCCCCCUCUAUGGGGCAGUGUUUUAGAUUUAAAGGUAAAAGGGUAAUAAAAUGUGGUUUUGCUAAA